AUGUUUGCGGAAAUAUCGUUGGUGGUGUCGGAUAAGGUUGAAUAUUGUUUUUGUCGAAUAAGUCGAAUAAUAUUCACCGAUUUAUUUUCCCUACCUAACAUGAGUCACACUAAGAAAACCUAGUCCUAUGAGAAAGAGAAAAGAAAGAUUUGGAUGGCCUGAUCUUCGGGUCAUCCUGAAGAUUGUGGAAUAUUGUCUGAAUUUCGGACAAUAUUCCCAGCAGACGAUAAAUAUGAAUUGAUUAGAGUAUAGAGUCUUGAGAUAUAGAAUGUGAGAUUGGGGACGAGUUCAAAAAAUCUCGUGGUUCCUCCAUGUGAGGUGCUAGGCAGCCUCCUGCCCAAUCUCACUAAGUCAUGAAAUGAAUAAUAUAAGUAUUUAUUAUAAAAGAUAAAAGGAAUAAAUAUAUGGUUAAAUGUAGAAUAAAUAUAGAAGCGUCGUCAUCUGCUGGGUGACGAUUGGGAAGACUGACCCUCCUUGUGGGCGGAGCCUAGACGUUGCCAGUUGUGUCUGGGGGCGUGACAAGGAACAAUUGUUAAAUGUAGAAAGUGAGUCGAUUGAACUGUUGAAUAUUUUAUAUAUGUAGUGGAAAAACGAUUUUCAUACAGGCAUAUUAAUGAAAUUGUUUGGGAAGUUAAAGAAGAUGGAAAGUUAUUCGAUGUAAUUGCCAAAUAUGCGAACGAAUAUAUUGAGAAGUUUGGGAAGAAUUUGAAGCGCUUUGAGGUGGAAUUGGUAAGCUUUUUUAUUUUUUUUUUUCAAAAAUCGAACUAAAUAUCCUUAUUUUUUAGGGUUGCAAAGCCAAAUCACAUCUUAUUCGCAAAAUUCGACUUCGAAAUAUGAGAAAAUUGGAAGAACUUACCAUUUAUGGAACUCCACGUCAAGUCUGCAUGUUGAAAUACAAAUUCGUCGAUUUCGACCAAAUCAAAUGCGUCAAAUCGAACCUAGUAUUACCAGCAACUGUUUUGAGCUUUGAUCAGUUGAUUCAGUUGAAAGCGGAAAGUAUUAGUAUUUAUAUGAUGGACUUGACACCGAAAGAUAUUAAUCAAUAUAUCAAAUAUUGGCGUGAUGGAAAAUUGAACGCGAAUUUGAAAUAUGUUGUGAUACAAGGAGGAUUUAGUGAGAAAAAUAAGAAAAGAAAAGAUGUUGAAGUCGAUUUAGAUGGGCUGGAAUUGGAAAAGUGCCAAGACUCGUAAGAUUUUGAAAAUGUUCAACUCACAAUUCAUUAUUUUCAGUUAUUUUAAAAAACAAUACAUUUUAAACUACAACAAAACUCAAAAGGCUCGAUUGGAAUUGGAUGAUAAAAGGUGGUUCACUAUGAAUAUACAAGACAUUUCAAAAUAGAUAAGUUAAUUUUUUUUAGAAAUAUUUUUAUACUGUAAUGAACCAAUUCUGUUAAAAAAAAGCCCUGCUUUUUUGCGAGUUUUUUUUAGUUUCUGUUUGUUUUUUUGUGAUUUUUUGCAAGGUUUUCUUUCUGGGGGACGGCUCUGAUUUUUUUUGGUCUGGAUGACGUGGAGAAUCAGAUUAUCUGGGUCACGUGGAAAUGAUUUUGUUCUGCAGAUUUUUAUGCCGAAAAAAUGACGUGGCAACGGGGAAAUUUCGGAAUUUGAAAAUUCCUUCGUUUUUUUAGAAAUGUAAAAUAAUUUAGAUGGGUUAGUUAUGACGUGGCAAAUUGUUGUAUUCGUAAAACUUAUUCAAUUUUACCUUCUGAAUUCUAAUUUGUUAUUUUCAGUUUGCUCAAAAAUAACUAUGACGUGGCAAUUUGAAUCUAAGCCUAAAAUUCUGAUUUUUUCCCAGAAUUCGUUUUCCCUUAUAAUAUUAGCCUCCAAGUUUCCUCAAAAAACAAGUUUUGCGGAUUAACCUCCUUUUUUUCCCCAAAAUCCCCUCCCUCCCGCUAGGAUCCAUUUUCUCACAAACCAAAAUGCGCCACCUAAUCCCCAUCCUCCUUUUCCUAAUUUCAAUUCCCCUAAUAUCCACAUUCUUCUUUCCCUCCUCAACGCAAGGAUGUAGCUCAAGCUCUUGCGGUUGCGCUGCUCCGCCAACUUGCGCACCUCCCCCAAGAUGUGCACCGAUUGCCACGUGUUAUCAGCCAGCAUGUUCGAGUUGCGCGGGAAAACGAAAGAAGCGAGAGGUUUUGAGCAAUGCCACGUAUUUGGCGGAUCAUGGUGAGUUGAUUUUUGGUUUUUUUUUUAAUAUUUUACCUGAACUUGUGUAUGUAGAUUGCUCGAGAAUGCCACGUGUCAAGAGACAGGGAAAUUUGGAGGUGAACAAAUGUAAUAGUGAGGAGUUGCGGAAGAUUAUCGAGAAUAAAAUUGAUCGGGUUACGGCGAUUGCAAAGCGAAGAAUUCAGGAAGAAGCGGAAAGAGUGAUGGGUGGAAGGUAG